UUGGUAUCAGAGUCAAAAUCGUUCCUUCACCAUGCCGCCAAGGAGACGUCCUGAAGCCCGUGAUGCCCCGGUAGAGGAGCAACCUGCGCUUGCAGCCCAACAUUUUGAGGAUUCCGAUGAUGAGAAUCCGUUUGCACCACUUGAACAACCAUUGGAUCUGCCAGUACGCAGGAGAAGGGAAUUUCAUGGUGGGUUGAGUCCAGAGGAAUUCUUGGAUCGGGUGAUUGCAGUGGAUGAGAUCUUGGAGUUUAAAUGGGUUCCUGUCAAUAAAUGUGUGCCUCUCGUUGCGACGAGGCUCCGUAGGCGAGCAGCGGCGUGGUGGCAGCAGACUAAAGUGAUGAGAUCCAGGCUAGGAAAACCCAAGCUUGCAUCGUGGGACAAAUUAAAGAAGCAUAUGAAGAAACAGUUUUCGCCUUACAAGUAUGUGCAGGCCAUGUACCAACAACUGCAGAAUCUGCGUCAAGGUGGGAAAAUGGUUAGUGAUUAUACCAUGAAUUUUUAUAUGUUGGUUACGAGGAACGAGAUGAUGGAGACGGAGGAGCAGUUGGUGUCACGGUACGUGGGUGGUCUUUGUCCCCAAAUACAGGAUACUCUCAAUAUGUUUGAUCCUGUGACAGUUUCUGAAGCACAUCAGAGGGCAAUACAGAUAGAGAAGCAACAGUCUACGAGAACUACUAGUCCUUUCAUUGUAGGGAGUUCUUCCAGCCAUAGGCAGUCUGAGUGCCCCAAAAAUCCGCGCAAGGGACCCUUUGUGGAUGAGGAGAAUGACGAUUAUGAAGGUCCACAUGUAUUUGACAGUGAAGGCGUAGAAGAUGCAACAGAAGAGAAAGAGUUUGUGGUUGGUGAUGUGGGGAAGGUAUGUAAAUUUGUUAUUGAUUCUAGUAGUUGCGAGAAUGUGGUAGCUGAGGAGGUCUUUAAGAAGUUGGGUUUGCAGACUGAGAAACAUCCCAAACCGUACAAAUUAACCUGGCUGAAGAGAGGCAAUGACGUAGAAGUGUCUCAACGUGCUCGAAUCAGCUUCUCAAUUGGACCUACCUACAAAGAUCAGGUUUUAUGUGAUGUAGUAGAGAUGGAUGUGUGUCAUUUACUGUUAGGGAGGUUGUGGCAGUUUGAUAGGCACUCGUUGCAUGAUGGAUAUACCAACACGUACAGCUUUCUGUUUGGGGGAAAGAAAAUU